CCAGGCGCGGUUGUUUCUUGUGCUGGACAAGACUUACUCUGCGACUACUGUUUGUCGGCGAGUCUCGCAGUGCAAGGUUGGCUCUCGUUCGAAUGACGCUACAGGUGCCAAUCUCGCCGGACUUCUUCCACUGCCCGCAGCUGCCGCCCGCAGACCUCGACCACUUGACCGCUUUGGGCGAGCAGGCCGCCCUCGACUUGAUCGAGUACACACGGCUCGUCGGUGGGCCAAUUGACUGGAGCUUUCAUGCCCAAGACGAUAACGUCAAGCUGUUUCGAGGUCGCCAGGACAACGUCCCGCUCUUCUGCGCGCACAUUGAAAUCGACGCGACCAUCGACGACAUCAUCCCCAACUUCCUCACCACCGACACGGUCGGAGUGCGUGCGUCGGCGUUCGCGUUCUUUCCCGACAUCAUGGACAUCGUUCGGCUGUACAACAUCGCCCUCCCAUCGACCAAUCGACCGAACCACUUUCUUGGCAUCAACUGGUGUCUUCUAGACACGCCAUUCGGCGGGCAUGUGGUCAAGCGUCGCGAUCUUUGCUACCUAGAGUUCCAAGACGAUGUCGUCAUCGACGGACGACGCGCGUGGAUUCGAGCGCUCGUGCACGUGGAAGUCGCGGCGUGCCCAGAUUUACAAGCCAAGUACGGCGUUGUCCGGGGCAAGAUGCUGCACUCGGGGUUCAUCUACAUGGAGUGCGACCGCCCUGGGGUGCUGCAGGUGUUUGAGCUCCAGCACGUGCAGCCGAACGGGGCAAUCCGUGGCGCCGUCGGCGACUACUUGGUGACCAUGUCCGCCGUGAGUCAAUGCAACAACCUCAAUCUCCUCGGCCACAAACUCCGCGCCGCGCGCCUGAGUCGGCUGCAGUUUCUGCCCGACCACGCCGUCGUACCCCCCGCCUCGCGACCCACAUGCAACGUCUGCCACAACAAGUUUGGACAUCUGCGGCGCCGGCGCCACAACUGCCGCCGAUGUGGCGAGGUGGUGUGCGGCCGGCCGUGCAGCUCCGUGUGGAAGCUCAUGGCGUCGGGGCUUCGGGUCCGCGUCCGGCUCUGCUACCCGUGCGCGUCGGUCAACUUGCCCGAGAACGACGACAGGAUCGAAACGUCGCAGUCCAUGGGGGCACCGGACUUUCAAGCGUACUUCAACCCGCCGAGCUCAAACAGCAGCGAUCACCUGCCGCCGCGGCGACGUCCCCCAUCGCAGCAUCAUCACCACCGCCACCAUCCAGCGUCGAACGCGUCGCCCAACGUCGUGGAAGGGUCCACUUAUAUGUUGGGCACACCAGUGGACGAAUUCCUGUCGUACUGUUCGUCCCAACUGCAGCAGCAGCAUCCUACUCCUCCUUUUCGGUCAGAGCCGAAUGAUGAAUGGGGUGGAAGCGUUGACGAAAAUCAACCUGUGGAUGUCCAGAGCACCAUGCGCACCGCAUGGGUGACGCAGGACGAGAUGGGGUGGGCUAAGUACCCGACUGCCCCCUCGGACGCGACGUCGUUGAUGUCCACGCCCAUCCACGUGUCGGCCCCGACUGCUGCCGCCGCUGUGUCUUCGUCAUCGUCGUCGGCAGCAAACAACAACGGCCGGCCCAAGAAGGACAUGCCGUUUGGCAGCUUUGCCAUGUCAAGUCAAAUGGGGUUGUCGAGUCAAUAAUAUGUUAGCGUGUUGAAAAGCUAGGUGUAUCGAUUGUACUGAAGUCCAGUAUUAAGAGCAAGAAGACCCCUGAGGAAUUGUCCCCGUUCCCCUGAGGAAUUGUCCCCGUUCCAGUAAAGGUCAUGGGAUGCAAUUGCUCGAAAUGGCUGGGGGGGGGUUCGUUCGAAGUUUCCUGAUAAUGUACUUACUCUGG